ACGAACGAGGACAUUGGGGAACUGUAUCAGGAUGAGGGAAAUCAGGCAGCUAUUUUGAUGAGAACGGAAGGUGAUGGAUUAGUAUUGGAAGGCAGUAUAGGAUCCCAACUAGUCAUAAGACCACUGCCAUCACGCCUGCGCGGUUCAGUGAUUCGAUCAAAAAACAAAAACGAAACCGAUAUCGAUUCAAUCAACGACGACGAGAUGUUUCUAGAUCAAGACGGCGAACUGAGUGCUGAAGUGGCGAUAGAUACAGGUUUACCAAUCAGAAGGAACAAAAACAUCCAUCACCAUAUCGUGUUCAAGAGGAUACAGGACGAGGAAGACAAUAUGAGUGAUUACGCUCUCAUGGAACCUGACCACCUAUCGAAGCGAUUCAAGAGGAGUACGUCUAAUAAACCUAAUACGAGAAACAAACGAGAAGCUCCCUAUACAAUUUAUCCUGAAAUUUUAGUUAUCGUGGAUUAUGAUGGAUACCGGCUUCAUGGAGGUGACAAUCUACAAAUCAAGAGGUAUUUCGUAUCUUUCUGGAAUGGUGUUGAUAUGAGAUACAAACUCCUGAAAGGACCGAAGAUCAGAAUAUCUAUUGCUGGUAUAAUCAUCAGUAGAGGUAGAGACGCCACUCCUUAUCUCGAACGAAACAGGGUUGGCAGGGAUGCCAUAGAUUCUGCUGCAGCUUUAACUGAUAUGGGAAAAUAUUUAUUUAGAGAACGAAGACUUCCAGUUUAUGACAUCGCAGUUGCCAUAACAAAACUAGACAUGUGCAGAAGAUCGUACCCGAAUGACGUAUGCAAUCGCGGCACGGCAGGAUUUGCCUACGUUGGAGGAGCGUGCGUGGUCAACAAGAGGCUAGAAAAGGUCAACUCGGUGGCAAUCAUCGAAGACACAGGAGGAUUCAGUGGUAUAAUCGUAGCCGCCCACGAAGUUGGACACUUAUUAGGUGCAGUACACGAUGGUAGCCCGCCACCCUCCUACCUCGGUGGACCCGGAGCAGAAAAGUGUCAGUGGACUGACGGUUUCAUCAUGUCCGACUUGAGGCAUACAGAAAGAGGAUUCAGGUGGUCGCCUUGCACCGUGUCCAGUUUCCAUCAUUUUCUCAAUGGUGACACAGCAACGUGUCUAUUCAAUGCCCCACAUGAGGACGAUAACUUGCCAAGAGUGUUGCCAGGAAAACUACUAACACUGGACGCUCAGUGUCGAAGAGAUAGAGGAACCAGCGCUUGUUUUAAAGAUGACAGGGUGUGUGCGCAGCUGUUUUGUUUCGAUGCCGGAAGUGGCUACUGUGUAGCUUAUAGGCCAGCUGCUGAGGGAUCACCGUGUGGAGAUGGUCAGUACUGUCUUGAUGGAAGGUGCGUAGCAGAGCACGAAAACAUAAUUCCAGACUACUCUCAAAACGCUCCAUCUUACAUCAGAGGAAGUGGAAACCCAAGGCCGUUUUUACAGGGAGCAGAAGAAGUCAUUAAAGAAGCUCCGGUUUCCAAUUACAAUGACAAUAAUGCCCACAGAUACUAUAACAUACGAUAUAACUUGGCCAACACACCUUAUAAAAAUCCUCUGUAUCACAAUAACCAAAACUCACCCCAUGACGCCGUAACUACCAAAAAGUCCGUUUUUUUAUCCAUUUCAACUACCAAAUCCCCAUUCAGUUUCAAUAAUUCCAAAAAACAAAUCACAAGUUCAUUUCCGAAUGCAAUAUCCAGUUUUCCAUACCAAGACAAUUUAUUUUCUAUAAGAAGACAGACAACAAAAAGUCCUUAUGACUUCGGAGAUUUUGGGAAAACGUCCCAAAAUCCAUACAAGACGGAAGACUUGAAUGACAACUACCUGAAGCGGUCUUUCAGCAGCUCUAGUUUAAUUAGGGGUAGCAGUAGUAUUAUGAAAAGCAUUAUUGUAGACAGAAGAGUAUCGUGAGAUUGGCUGAGAAACUUAUGAUGAAGGAUAUUUCUUCGAAAAACUCUCACUGGCCCCAACGAGGUUUGGAACAGACAUUUUCAGUGGUUGUGAUCUUUUAGUGUUAAGAUUUGUACAGUCAAUGAAUUAAGACGAAAGUCUUAGAAUAGUGAAGAUGACGGACGAUUGCGUUAGAACAUUAAAUUAUUGGAUUUGUUCCGA